AUGUACAUAUUCCGCGUGGUUUCAAUAUGAAAAAAAAGGCGCCUUCUGCGUGGCGAGCGCUGCCAGUGCUUGCGCUUGCAGGCGCCUCCAGCCGCGGCGGGGCUUCUCUCUUCUUUCAGCUCUUACUUCUUUUUUUCCCCCAACGCGCAGAAAUGUCAGGAGAUGCAAUUAACAAGAAGAAAAUUGUUACAUUUGUGUUCUGCUAAAUUGCAGAGAGAGCGAGAGAUAGGGGUUGCCGGCGGAGGAGCCCGGCGCUCGAGCGCUCUACAGCUGGGGGGUCGCGGGAGCUCGGGGACAGCGCGGUCCCUGGAGUCCCCCGCCUCGCGGGCAGGGAGCGAGGCUCCGGGGGCGGCCGGGCGGGGGGCGAGCGUCUGGCCGGGACUGCCUCGGUGCACUUGGCCGAGCCCCGCAACCCCAAGCCCGCGGCCCCCGCCCCGCCGCUGGGUCUGCUGGGUCCGGCGGACGGACCGCGGAGGCUCCGGAGUUUGCAGGGCGCUCUUCGCCUUCCGAUCGCUCGCGGGGAGUUUGUGCAAACCUUCCGGAGUUGGGAGCACCGCGGGGGAAGCUGCGGCCCCUGGAUCUCGGAGGCGCUCCGGGCGACCGCGCGUGUGUCUGCUCGUGUGUUUGCGAGCGACCUGGCUGUAG